AUUAAGUUUUUGGUUUUGUUUUGUUAUCUUUUUUUAAUAUAUAAAAUGACAAACUAUUCAAAUAGAUCGUACUUCUGUCUUUGGAUAAUUUGCAGUUUUAUACACAAGCACACAUUGAAAAAGUUUGACAUAUCGUAAUCCGUUCUUAUUGAAAUAUGGAAGAUAACAACAGCGAUAACGAUACGAAAUUCCUAACUUGCAAAAUAUGCAAUAAAGUUUUCACUGGUCAAGUUCCUUUGGAUCAGCAUUUACAGAGCAGUAAACAUAGACGAAAAGCUGAAAAUGUUGGUUCUGAAGACAAAUCAAACGAUAAUUUGGAUUCUAUGAGUGAGAAAUAUAGUGAAGUUCGAAAGGAAGAAGACGAAGAUGAUGGAGUUUUACAACCAACUACUUCAACAAACGACGAUGAUUCUGAAGAUUCUGAAGAUGACGAUGACGACUUUACGCACGGUUGUAAAGAUUGUGGCGUUACUAAGUUUAUCAAUUGGGAAAAAUUUGCCAAACAUUUACUGAGCAAAGAUCACGUGAUAAAAGCAUUUGAACGUAUUAAUCUUCAAAAACCUAAAGCAUCUAGAAACAUAUAUUCAAAUAAAGAGUCCAAUUUAGAAUGGACUUAAAUCGUCUAAAAAUAGUAAAAUUUUGAGAACCUCUACAAAUGGUUUAAACUAAACCUUGUAUUCUUCAUAGUACUAACGUCCGAACAUUUGACUCGGAAUAUUCAGUAUGCUUCUCUCUAAUGGUAUAAGUAAGUUUAUUAUCUUCAAAAUAAGAAUAUUGUAGAAUAAUAUUAAUUUGAAAUGUUUUGAAUUUAUUUAUAACAAAAUCAAAGUAUG